GAGGAGGAAGGAAGGGAGAGAGGGGGAAGAUUCGAGGUGAGGGGGUGUCUGCGGGGCGGGGAGCAGAGGCGGUGGGAGGAAGCCGAGCAGCUGUGGUAUUUGGAGCAAGUAUAAAUAGCUGCUUGGACCGAGCUCGGCCAAGCAGGGGUUUGUCGCCGCCGCGGCUCCGCACGCAGGCCUGUCCUCGGCUGGCCACGGCGGCCCCUCCUGGGCGGGGAGCCGGGCGGUGAGCCGGUGGAGCGCCCCGGGAGCUCUGAGCCCACAGCCCUCGCCCUCGCCACAUCUCCGGAUGCUCUCCCGGCCGGCCAUGCUGCUGGGCGGCCUCCUCCUCGUCGUGGCCGCCGCCACUGUGGCCCAGCGGAGGGGGCAGGAGGCGGGCGGGCGCCGCCGGGCACACCGCGUCCAGCACGGCCAGUGCAGCUACACCUUCGUGCUGCCCGAGCCGGAGCCCUGCCCGCCGGAGCCGGAGGCCUUCGGGGGCUCCAACAGCCUGCAGAGGGACUCGCCGGCGGCCGCGCUGAACCUAGCCGACUGGCCGGCCCAGCGAGUGCGACAGCUGGAGAAGGUGCUGGAGAACAACACACAGUGGCUGCAGAAGCUAGAAAGGUACAUCCAGAUGAACUUGAGAUCAGAGCUGGCACAGGUCCAACAGCACAUGGUCCAGAACCAGACGGCCACCAUGCUGGAGCUAGGCACCAGCCUCUUGAACCAGACCACCGCCCAGACCCGCAAGCUGACUGACGUGGAGGCUCAGGUCCUGAACCAGACAUCCCGAAUGGAGAUCCAGCUGCUGGAGACCUCUCUGUCCACCAACAAGCUGGAGAAACAGCUACUACUGCAGGGCCAUGAGCUCCACAGGCUGCAGGGCCGCAACAGCGCGCUGGAGACACGGGUGCAGGCCCUGGAGACGCAGCAGCAGGCGGAGCUGGCUUCUCUCCGCGGCGAGAAGGAGCGGCUGCGGCGUCUGCUGGGCCGCCAGAGCGGCGCCCUCGCGGGUCUAGAGCGCAGCCUGCGCGCCGCCAGCGGCAAUUCCAGUCUCGUGCAGCGGGAGCAGCGCCGGCUGCUGGAGUCGGUGCAGCGCCUCGUGCGCGUCGUGGCCCAGGGCCCCGCCUCUGUGAGAGCAGCUGAGCACGUGUUCCAGGACUGUGCAGAGAUCCAGCGCUUCGGGGCCAAUGCCAGUGGCAUCUACACCAUCCAUGUGGCCAAUAUGACGGAACCCAGGAAGGUGUUCUGUGACAUGGAGGCCAAUGGAGGCGGAUGGACUCUCAUCCAGCGCCGUGAGAAUGGCAGUGUGAAUUUCCAGCGGAACUGGAGAGAUUACAAACAGGGCUUCGGCGACCUGGCAGGGGAGCACUGGCUGGGCAAUGAGGUGGUGCACCAGCUCACCAGCAGGGCAGCCUACUCUCUGCGCGUGGAGCUGCAAGACUGGGAGGGCAACGAGGCCUACGCCCAGUAUGAGCAUUUCCAGCUGGGCAGUGAGGGGCAGCUGUACAGGCUUUCUCUGAAUGGGUACAGCGGGUCAGCAGGGCGCCAGAGCAGCCUGGUCCUGCAAGGCACCAACUUCAGCACCCGUGACGCAGACAAUGACAACUGCCUCUGCAAGUGUGCCCAGAUGCUGUCUGGAGGGUGGUGGUUUGACGCCUGCGGCCUCUCCAAUCUCAACGGCAUCUACUACCCGGCUCGCCACCACGUGCGCAAGCUCAACGGCAUCCGCUGGCACUACUUCCAGGGCCCCAGCUACUCGCUGCGGGCCACUCGCAUGAUGCUGCGCCCUGUGGGCAUCUGAGAGGCAGCCGCGCCUGGAGGCUGGACCCGGGGGAAGAGCCGGGGCAAGCUGGACCCCAAAUACAGGACGCAGUGCCAGGGCCUUGUCCUGGAUACCCUGGGUCCCCUGAGGCCACCCUCCUUUCCUGCCCGGGAGUCAGAGGGUCCGCUGCCUCCCUGUUCCCCUCAAGUUGCGAAAUGGUGGGUAAUGGGGGGAUCCUGCCUCUACAGUGUCCCUCUGCCCUCUUCCCUUCUGUCUCCUGCACGGGCCCCCCUGACAGCUUGAGGGUCACAACACCCUGAAUGAGCUGAGAACAGACUUCACGUAGGUCCUCAAAGAAAUACAUGACUAAUAGUCUACCCCUCCUAGGCCCCAGCAUCUGGAGCUCAGACCUGGUCUCUUGGGGGCUCCAGAAGAUCUAACAAGGAUUUCUGUACCCC